GGGAAUCCCCCUACGAGUGGCAGCCUUGGCGAAAACCGCUCAAGAUUUGGCAUUAAUUCAAUUAGUAAACAAGGUCACGGAACUUGAAACGCCGCCGAAACCGGAAGUUUCUAAACCGGAACUUUCUAAACCGGAAACUCAGCCAAUACUGCCCGGAAACACGGAGAACACGGAUAAACAGCAGCCAAUGCCUCAUGCAUCGACGCCAAAAUGCGAAGACCAAGAGAUCCAGAAAAUUAUUGAUAAAUACGCAACAGUUUUCGUUGGUGAAGGGAAAUUGAACACUCAACAAGUCGGGUUACAUAUUAAUGAGAAUAUUAAACCAGUGGUUCAACCGCAGCGUCGUAUACCAUACCAUAUACGUAAUGACGUAUCAAAGGCGUUGCAGAAAUUGGCUGUGGAAGAUAUGAUCGAAAAAGUCUGUGACCAACCUGCCCCGUGGAUUUCGCCAAUUGUGUGUACCCCAAAGAAAGACGGUGGAACACGAAUCUGUGUUGACAUGAGAGCAGCCAACCAAGCGAUUAAGCGAGAAAGACACAUUAUGCCAACGCUUUCUGAUUUCCGUGCGGAAAUGAAUGGAUCAAAAUAUUUUUUAAAAUUGAUCUCAAACAGGCGUACCAUCAACUGGAAUUGA